AUGUUUCGUCAUCUCAUGUCUUCCAAAGUGCGCUCUAACGCUGGCUGCUGGACCUGUCGCCUCCGUCGCAAGAAGUGCGAUGAGAAACGUCCAGUCUGCGAUUCCUGCAGUGCUCUAGAGAUCACUUGUUAUUUUAACGAUGAGAAGCCAGAAUGGAUGGAUGGUGGAUCACAGCAGAAAGCCAUGGCUGAAAAGAUCAAGGCUCAAGUUAAGAAACAAGCCAGUCAGCGUCGCGAUCGCAAAUACAUGGAGAUGCUUGAGACUGGUACUCAGAAUGUCACACUUCAGACCCAAAACCCUCAGCAGCAACAAACUCACGAACCUGCCAUGGCCGCUGCAUCCGACACGGAUCCUGCCUCAGGUCAUGAGUUUGGAUCGACUCCAGGAUCUAGCAACACCAGUGGCGCAUCUCCUCCUGAUAUGCCCUGGCACAGUCACUUCGCAGUCCCUCACGAAGACCCCAGCAGUUCAACUGGGAACAGCACCGAGGUCCAUUUCAUCAUGAUCUAUCUCGACUAUGUCUUCCCUCACUUAUUUCCUUUCUACCGCCCUCCCAUCCUUGCUGGUGGUCGUGGGUGGAUAUUGGACGUCUUGCAGAGUAACAAAUCCGUCUGGCACACAGCCAUCUCGCUGACUUCAUACUUCUUCAGUAUUGUCAUGGCUAAUGGCGAGAUUGAGCAUGUCGAGUGCACAAACCGUAUGGUUCACCAGUUACAGUCCCAGCUUGAGAUGGGCUUAAGAGAGCUGCAACGCGAGAUGACUGCAGUCAACCACAAGGUUUCCUGCGCUGGGGCUCGAGACAGGCUCCUCGUUCUACAAGCCAUCCUACAGAUGCUCAUCUUCGAGGUAUCAACUAGCAACAAAGACCAUUGGAAGAUGCAUCUCGAUGCUGCCAUCACCAUGUUUCAACAGAUCCUUCCCCAACCCGAGCAUUGGAAGGAAACGCUAGAAGCUCUCUACAGUUACCGUUGGCCACCUCCCGAGAUGGGCGUCCGCCGGCCCUUUAGCACAAACCAAGCCGCGCUUCGUUUCUUCACAGCCAAUGUUCUUUACAUCGAUGUCAUGUCCAGCAUCACGCUCGAGCAGGCGCCUCGCCUUCAGAAGUACCAAGAAAUCAUCAUGCCCAGCUGCAAGGCACACGUCGCACCAGAAGAGGUUCGCAUCUCAGGGUCACUCUUCAUGGAAGAGUAUGUCGGUCUCCAUAAUUGGGUCGUCCAAAUCAUCGGCGAUAUUUCUGCGUUGGACGCCUGGAAAAAGGAUCAAAAGAGAUCAAACUCCCUAUCCAUCAACGAGCUUGUUCAGCGAGGCAAGGUGCUAGAGGGUGCUAUCAGGGGAGGAUUGAGUGUCAUUGAAGCACAAGCUCAGAUGCCCGGCCCCCUAUACAACCCUGUCAUGAGUGUAGUCGCAAGUCCGGUGCAUAACCAGGAUAUCAACACAAAGCAAGCCCCCGCCCUCGCAGCCAACAACAUGAUCUGGUUACAAGCCGCCCUCACCUAUCUCCAGGUGGUCAUAUCUGGCUGGCAACCUUCAUGCCCUGAGAUUCAAUGUUCUGUUCGUCGCAUGACGCACCUCUUGACAACACUCCCGUCCAACACCUGCCUCAGAACCUUGGUCUGGCCGUUCUGCAUAGCCGGAUGUCUUUCGCCUCCAGAAGACGAGGACUCGUACCGAGCAAUGGUGGAGAGUCUGGGCCCUGUUAGUGUAUUUGGCACAGUCAGAGAGGCACUAGAGAUUAUGGAAAAGGUAUGGUCUAAACGAGAUCAGAUUGAUGAGAGUUGGGAUGUGGCCAAGUGUAUGCAAGUUCUUGGCCAUGGCGUUUUACUGAUCUGA